CAAGCUGCUUUCGAGGGUCAGCGGGCGCUCCAUCUUGUUGAAGUUUUCAAAAUGGCGAACAACUCUAGUCCUCGUGGUUGGCCUCGAAACCGAUCUUCCAGUAGCACAGGCAAAUACCUCGCUGGUGGAACCACUAUCGCGGAGAAAACUAUACGAUUGUACCCACUCACAAAUUACACAUUUGGCACCAAAGAAUCUCUCUAUGAGAAAGACAGUUCUGUUCAAGCAAGGUUCCAGAGAAUGAGGGAAGAGUAUGAGAAGUUUGGGAUGAGGAAGACAGUGGAGGGAGUGUUGAUAGUUCACGAACAUGGCUUGCCACAUAUUCUACUAUUACAACUUGGUACAACAUUUUUUAAACUGCCAGGCGGAGAGCUUGUUCCCGGUGAGGAUGAGAUUGAUGGACUCAAGAGAUCAAUGACAGAGAUUCUCAGCCGACCAGAACAUGGCCCCGAACCUGACUGGUUUGUGGAAGACUGUCUUGGAAACUGGUGGAGACCAAAUUUUGAGGCCCCUCAGUAUCCAUAUGUCCCAGCACACAUAACUAAACCCAAAGAACUAAGGAAACUGUUUCUGGUGCAGCUUGGGGAGAAAGCAAACUUUGCAGUACCAAGAAACUACAAACUAGUUGCCGCUCCAUUGUUCGAGCUGUUUGAUAAUGCUCCCGGUUAUGGACCAAUCAUUGCUAGUCUCCCACAGUUACUUAGCAGAUUUCAGUUUUUAUAUAUGUAAAUAGAUGGUAGUAUCUGCGUCUUCAAAACUGCAAAACCUGCGAUCACAUACUGUACAUACCAGUUCUUCUCUUUCAUUUCCAAAAAAGUAUUUCCUUCUACAGUCAUAGUGUUUUUAUAGUAGGAUGUCUUGUAAUUUUCAGUCAUGAAUAAAAACAGUUGUGCAUGGUU